GGUUGUCAGCUCAGGCUCAGACAUGGCGUGUUUGCUAGCCAUUAGCAACAUAGGCUCUAAAAUGUUUCCUUUAACGGGGCGAACAAAACACCGCUCACGGAUAUGCGGUUUGUUCCUGGUGGUGUAUCUAAUGUCGCUGCCGGUGUCGGCGAAGCGGGAGGGCCUCAGAGAAGUGACGGACGGGUCGUGGGAGGAGAUCCUGACCGGAGAGUGGAUGAUUGAAUUCUACGCACCCUGGUGUCCAGCAUGUCAGCAGCUCCAGCAGACGUGGAAGGAGUUCGCAGAGUGGGGAGAGGACAUGGGGGUCAACAUAGCCAAGGUGGACGUAACAGAGCAACCCGGUCUGAGUGGACGAUUCAUCAUCACUUCACUUCCGACUAUUUACCACUGUAAAGAUGGCGUCUUCAGGAAGUACCAGGGAGCUCGCACUAAAGACGACUUCCUCAGCUUCGUCGACGAGCAGAAAUGGAGAGCGGUCGAACCAGUUUCCUCUUGGUUCGGGCCGUCUUCCUUUCUAAUGAAUUCAAUGUCUGCUUUGUUCAAGCUCUCCAUGUUUAUCCGGCGUUGUCAUAACUACAUGACGGAGCAUCUUGGGAUUCCAGUUUGGGGCUCUUACGUCAUCUUUGGCUUGGCCACUCUGUUCUCUGGUCUUGCAUUGGGACUGUUACUGGUGUUCAUCGCAGAUUUUGUCUUCCCCUCACGACGAUUUUCUUCUCCAGAUUACUACCAGAAAAAACAGACGAUGGAUCAGGCGAGGUUGAUCCAAGCACAAGAGGAAGAACAUGAGGCCGACGGCGAGGAAGACGACGAUGAAGACGAAGAAGACGAGGACCAGGAUGAGGUCUGGAGGAGGAGGAGGAGAGGCUCCCCAGAGGGCCGCCCAGAACCUAAGGGACAGGGUUUCUCUGACGAAGCUUUGAGGAAGAGGGUGGUGGUGAACCGCGAGGACGAGGAGGACACCUAGAGAGUCACAUGAGCCCUACUCCUUUAAGAAGAGCGUCGCAGAGUCGGCCGAGCCGGAGGAGCUUUGGUCCUGAGCAGCAGUGUUUACAGCAGGGAGUCCUUAAAUCUUUCCCCAUUAACCUCCUCUUCCUCCUCCUCUUCCUCCUCUGGGCCCCCAGAAAACACCUCGCUUCUUUUCUUCUCCUUCCCUUGUUUUGUAACGGGGGUGCUUUAGACUCUCUCUCCGCCUGAGCAUCAGGCUCCACCUGGAAAAAGCAAAAACACUUCUGACGCCCGUUUCCACUCCACUCAAUUUGUGGAGACAAAUCGCCCGGCUGAGGUUUAGGUCUGAAGUGCAGUAGAGCUGGAUUUUUGCAAUGUUGUUUAUGCUAUGCAUUGUUUUUUAAAGACGUGUGUAUGUGUGUGUGUGUAGUUGUAUGUUUAUCUCAGAAUUAUUAUACCAGGCUUGCAUUUGAGGUUUAUUUAGUUAAACGUUACAACUACUCAGCUAAUUUAUACAUGCGAUUAUUUUAUGUUUCAUAUAUUUUACGAACCCUCUUGGUUCAAUCCAACAAACAAUGCGCACAAAGCAUUCUUAGUGUUAGUUUUAAUCCUUCUGAUUUCUCUCCUUGUUGAGAAACCUGCUUAAUUGACUGCUUUCUUGUUUUGUGGAUGCAUUUUUCUUAAAUGUUAGCAUGAAGUGCUAACCUCGACACAGAUCGCGUUUCCUGUGACUCCUUCACAAUAAAGCCACCUUGUGCUUCUCCAGUGUGAUACUUUUAACGUGAAGUUGCAGCAGUCGGAAACUUAAUACAGCUCUGGUACUGUGUUAGGAGAAUUUAAAGUAUAAGUCAUAAGGCAGUGAAGGAAAUUAAAAUCCAGUGAGGAAUGGCGGACCCCGCCACUAGCAAAAUAAACUACUACAUAGAGAGUUAAUUGCUGAAUGUAAAUGGAUUGAACGGCUAUUGCAGAAACCAUAAAUGCUAAUUAAAACAGGGUUUGAUUUCAUGAAAAUUUUAAGGAUUACACCUUUAAAUCUCAAUCCAGCUGUUUCCAUUAAUCCUCUCGGUACAUUGCAGGGCAGGAACCCUUCAUAUGCCGUUUUUACUUUGAUUAGAGAUCACUUUAAAACAUUAACUCGACUGAGCUUCACACUCCAGUUUGUAGAAACGCUACAUAGACAGUGUUUUUUUUUGUUUUUUUUAAAGGACCUAUAUUCACUCCAAAUAAAAGACCUGGUGAAUGUUGUUCUGUAGAUAACUGUAUGUCCCCUUAAUGUAUUAUACAAUCAACCAAUGUAUAUUUUAUUUUGUGUUACUAAUGUUUACUUUCUUUCUCUAAUUAUUAAAGGAUGAUUACUUAAAGAAUUAGAUGUGACCUGAGAGCAGGUCUACAGAACAGUAUUUGCAUGCUGUAAAAAAUUAUAAUAAUUAAAAAGAGGGAUAUUUUAGGGACACCCCUUUUCUAACAAAGAGAAGUCUGGCAGAUCCGUCCUAACACUGCUCCGCGUUGUGGAACAGUAAAAGGAUCAGAAUGAAAUAUACUGUAACCUUAUUUUAACUAUUAAUUAUAUAUUUUUUAGGCAUAAAAUGUCAAAUUAAAUCUAAAAUUCUGAGGUGAAUUUAUCUAAAUGAGUGCUUUUGUGUGUACGUGGGUUUCUCUUUGAGAUCUUGAACAAAUUGACAUUUCAGCAUUUCUGAGAUGUCGCUCUGAGCUCGGCCUGUACCCAUUUCUGUCUCGUGAAACAAAAAGGGUGUGUGUAUGAGUGUAUGAAUGACCUGUGUUUUUAUUACACAUUUCACUCUUGGUUUGAUUGCAAUUUAAUGACUGGUAUUGAAUUUGAUUAUAUUAAUGUGGCUUUUUAUUCCAAAAAAAGCUGAUAACUCUUUUCAGUGAUGGUUGAAACAGGUUGUGAUUUUUUUACCCGACCACUAUUAACGGCUUGUAGCAUUCACACUCUGCUCUGAGCCGGCUGUGCUCCUUUUGUUGUUUGAACAUUUCUUUUGAAUAAAGGGUUAACUCUGAA